AUGCACUCCCCUACCGCUAUCGGUCUCGUGCCUCCGUCAGGCUUAGCUAAAGCUAUGAGGCGGCUGGCCGUUAGCAGCGCGCAGACCUCGUCUGGUGAGAAUUGGCGGGCCUCUGAUGCGGUGGUGUCGGGUGCUGGCCGGUUUAAUCCGCCACCUGUAGCUGCUAGAACUGGAGCGGCUCAGCGUGGUGUUGGGUUUGCCCGACGUCUACCUUCUCGUUCCUCCUCCUCUAACUCCCCUGAUUCUUCCGUGGUGGACUCCUCCACCAUUUCAGCUAUAAACGUAGGAUCUCGUGCCUCCUCCUCAGCUUCUGUGUUUACCACUCUUCGAGUUAAGGCCCGGCGCGCUUCCCUCUGGAAGCCAUUCUCAGGUCCGCCUCCCCUUACAGCCGCUCCUCCUCGUCCGCCGCCUCGCCCGUCUGGCGAUGCCUGUGUCGAUCGGCGACGAGUAUUAUUCGUACUCGCCGUGGCCCUUUGUCGUGGCAUCAGCUGCAUUUGCCCCUCUUGCCGUGUCAUCUCCAGCGCCUGUUGCUGCGGGAAUGUCGCUACUUCCCGCACCUCGGUCUGCGCCAUCGUCUAUGACUCAGGCUGGCCUUCUCUCCGCGCCUGCUGCGCCGCCCGUUCCCGCCGCGGCGUCGUUGUCUGCGCCUGGCGUGGCGCCUUGUCAUGUGCCCGCGUUCGCCCCGGCGUCUGGUCCUGCCCCUGCCCCUGGGCUGUAGUGACGUCUGAUCCUGCGCACUCUCCUGCGCCUGUGCCGGUGGUUCCGCCUGUCCCCGUGGUGGAGUCGGCGUCCGUGCCUAUGCUUGCGGCGUCGUCUGCUGCUGCUGGGGGCACCUCCUCGCCGCCACUGGUCGCGCCUGCCGUGGCGCCUUCUGCUGCUGCUGGUGCGGACCCGACGUACCAGCCACCUCCAGCCACCAGCGCCGGCCUGAGCUCUGCGGAGGUUCAGUCGGCCCGCGCGUCGCCUCCGGAUGCUCCUGCCCCUCCGCCUGCGGCUGCAACAGCGCCGCCUCCGACCGUCCAGGCGGGUCCUGCUCCCGCACCCCUUGCUCCUGUUCCUCCCGCCCAAUGUCCUUCGUCCCCGGGCCGUCGGCAGCAUCGGCCUCAUUCCCCUGCACCACGUGACGAGCGGGAGACGUCACGGCGGCGUCACGAUUCACCUCGCCGCCAUGGUUCGCAGGCGAACUGGGCCGCACCACGCGGCGGCCGAGGGGGCUGGUGGGGAGGGCGUGGUCGCGGUGGCGGCUGGGUGUAUGAUCAGCCGGUGACAAUGGCUGAUUUGCACCGAGUUGUGUCUGACGCGAUGCGCGAGGAGCGGAACGGGCGGGCGAGCCUGAGCAAUUCGCCGCGCCACGCUCAUGCGCCGGUGUCUCAUCCUCCGCCUGCGCCCUAUGCGCCCGCUCCUCUUCUUCCCUCGACUGCCGCUCCUCCUCCUCGUGCUCCCGCCACGUCAGCUGCUGCUCAUGGGAACCGCCUCCGGCUGCCGUGGGUUCCUCCUGUGGCGGGCGUGGAGUUUGUGACUGCGGGCGGGGUACCAGUGACGCCGCAGUAUCCGUCCCUGCUGCCUGUUGCUCCUGAUCCUCCGGCAGCUGAUCUUCCAGUACAGUCGCUGGUUGGGCCUUGUCCUUCGGCGGAUGUGCCCGAGGCGUCACGCGGGCAGCUGUGGCGCCUCGCUGAGGGUCUGCGGGCUGUUCACCUGAUCCAGGUGUAUUGCCACGCGGCUCUUUCUCGUGGCGUGCCUCUGGCAGGCGGCCCUCUGGACGAGUGCUCGGAUGCCGCUGACCGGCUUGCCGAGCUCCUUGCGCCCGUGUUGGCUGCGCCCGCGCGGGGUGGAGUUGCGGGCGUUGGACAGCUUGGGACUGCGCUCCGUGCCGCGGGUGGCGGUUCAUUGGCGGCACCGUUUGCUCUCCCAGUUGGUGCAGAGGAGCCGUUCCAGUUCCUGGCGGAGGCACUCCAGCCUCCGCAGACACGUGUUCCCGAGGCGACCCUCGGACAGCUCCACCGCCUUGCUGACAGUCUCCACGCGCUGUUGCUAAUUCAGGUGCUGGCCCACUCGUCUCUCCCUGUGAUCCCUCCUGAGACCUUCCGUGCUCGCCAACGUGACCCUUGCCUGGACGCGGCAGACCAGCUCGCGGUGCUGCUGGCGCCCGUGUUGGCUGCGCCCGCGGAGGGUGGCGCUGCUGCUGCGGGACAGCUUGACGAAGCCGUCCGGGGCUUGAGGAGGCACCUGCGCGCAGGAUCAGGAGCCGCGGCGAUCGGCGCAAGCACGCUAGUGGUCCGGGAGCUGUGGCGCUCCCUGACGGGCAUUCUUCACGCCCUCGGAGCUCACCGCAUGUAG